GAAGAUGGCGGCUCCCAUGAGCGAGGUGUUCUCGUUCUGCACCGAUCCCAAAGCGGCGGAGUCCCGGCUGGAGGUUCGGGAGGUGGGCGCAAAGGGAAAGGGACUCUUUGCCACUAAGGUUAUAAGGAAAGGGGAGACAAUCUUUGUGGAGCAGCCCUUGGUUUCUGCCCAGUUUCUCUGGAAUGCCUUGUACAAAUACAAAGCCUGUGAUCACUGUAUGAGGUCUCUGGAGACAGCCGAGGAGAACAGUCAAAGAUUGUCAGGAAAUCCCAGCCUGAUCCUUCCCCACCCGGAGCAGUGCACGGUCCAGAAGGAGCUAUUUGACACUUGUCCGAUGUGCCUGGUACUUUACUGCAGUGCCGAGUGUAAGCAGGCUGCACUGCGGCAGUAUCAUCAGCCUCUGUGCCUUGGUCCCUCGAAGGAUGACCCCCAGCACCCUCUGAACAAGCUAGAGGAAGGGUGGAGGAGCAUGCAUUACCCUCCAGAGACGGCUAGUAUUAUGCUGCUGGCCAGAAUGGUGGCCAUAGUAAAACAGGCAAAAGACAAAAGUCGCUGGAUAAGGCUCUUCUCUCAGUUCUGCAGUCGAACAGCCAAUGAGGAGGAGGAGAUAGUUCAUAAACUGAUCGGAGACAAGUUCAAGGGUCAGCUGGAAAUGCUACGGCAGCUCUUCACCGACGCACUAUACGAGGACAGUCUCAGCCAGUGGUUUUCCCCAGAUGGUUUCCGCUCACUGUUUGCUUUGGUUGGAACUAAUGGACAAGGGAUUGGCACCAGUUCACUGAGUCAGUGGGUCCACGGUUGUGACGCCCUCGAGCUUCCUGCACUGCUGCGAGAGGAGCUGGAUGGCUUUAUUGACCAGCUGUACAAAGACAUUGAGAGAGAGAGUGGGGAGUUUCUGAACUGCGAGGGAUCUGGACUGUACCUUCUGCAAAGCUGCUGUAACCACAGCUGUAUCCCCAAUGCUGAAACGUCUUUCCCAGAAAACAACUUCCUCCUUCACCUGACAGCACUACAGGAUAUUCCAGCUGGGGAGGAGAUCUGCAUCACGUACCUGGACUGCUGCCAGCGUGAGCGAAGUAGACACUCACGGAACAAGAUCCUCAGGGAGAACUAUCUGUUCGUCUGCUCCUGUCCGAAGUGCGUGGCUCAGGCAGGUGACCUGGACUUGACAUCAGAAGAGGAGGAGGAGGAGGAGGUGGAGGGUGAGGCGGAGGGCGCUGAGCUGGAGGACGAGAUGACGGACGUUUAAAGCAUGCACCAGCAGCAGGAGUCCAGCAAAGAGAGUGGCUGAGCAAUCUUUGUAUCAGUAAUGCAAUAACCACACCCAACCAUCCAUCACAUCAAUCAGUCUCUGUACAAUAUACUUCCUCCACCUCACACUGGUCAACUUAUCGGGCUGCUCUCUGGUCUCUGGUCUCUGGACUUUGCUGGUUUGGGUGGGGCAGGUUGAGGAGGAGGCUGGUCCCACCCUGGGUAUCUGCUCCUGGAGUAUUCCACAUUGCCCCACCCAGCUCAUUUGGCACUCUGGCAACGAAGGGGGCUCCUGGCAGAGGUCCACUCUGGGCGGGACAGUGGAUGAACCAGGCAGUAUGCAGAGGCAGAUCUUGCUGCAGUCUCUGCCAGUGGGCUGCAUCUAGUGACCUCAUGCACCCAGCGUUGGUCGGACCCACAGGGAAGGGGUGGCCUGGGGUUCACACCUGCAGGAAGGGAAGCGGGGGGGUGCUGGGGUUACAGCAGGGUCCGUCUCCUUCAGCCGUGGAGGAUCAGACUGGGUCUACUGUGGGAAAGGCAAUGGCUUUUGGCAGAACUUUCAUUCAUUAUCAAACUGCUCAAAAAUGAUGUUUAAAAUCAUUUCAACCCAUAAUGUGCAUGUGUUUGUUGGAGAGAGGAGUGUGUGCGCUCGCGCGCAAGAGGUAGAUACGUGAUUUAUUUAUUUGGAGAUGGAGCGUGGAACAAGCCCUUCUGGCUCGACAAGUCACAUCAUCCAACAACCCACCUAUUUACCCAAAGCCUCAUCACAGGACAAAUUUACAAUGACCAAUUGGCCUACUAACCCAUCUGUCUUUGGACUGUGGGAGGAAACCGGUGUACUCGGAGGGAGCUCAUACUGUUACAGGGAGAACAGACAAACUCCUUACUGUCGGGAUUUGACUCUAAACUCCAAUGUCCUAAGCUGUAAUAGCGUUGCACUAACCACUAUUUCUGUGGUGGUGGCCCAAAUGGAUUGUGAGUGUGUCUGUAUGAACAAAAGAGUACGCAAUGUCACGUGGCAUCUGUGUUGUGCAGAAGAUACUUAAAUGUUUCAGGGAGCCUACAGCAGUCUGAAGGGAUGAUAGUGGUUGGCUCCCACCAGGAGUCCCAGAAGGGCUGGACCCUGUGGCCCAGGUCCCCAUUGGUGGCCAGCUCGCCCCCUCCUUCCACAGGGCGAUGAUCACCACCAAGUAUGGAGCCAACCCCUGUGCUGGUUUACACACUGGAUGUUACUGCACAGCAGGAAGUUCACCACUGACUCAGGUUUCUGUUCCCACACAACUCCCUCCCCGUAAAAGGGGGUGCUUGUCAGGGAGAAGGCGUAGAGUAAGAUGGAAACAGCUUGGGGUAGCAGACCGGGCUGUAGGAAAAGGUGCAGGGUGGGCACUCUAGGGCAAGGUUGUUUUGAGGUGUUACCCUUGUAGUGUGGUCACUCGGGUCGAGUAUGAUGUCUUAAGGGGUUGUCUGUGGUGCUUCCUCAGGAGGCUGCUCGGGAUGUUAGGGUGGAUUCUGCCUGUGUGACAUUGUUUGAUGUGGAGAGGCUGAUGGACAGGCCUUGACAGGUCAGGGUCCAGUGGCAUGGAAUGCAAGUGACUCUUCACUGCCAUUCUGCUGUGUCGUCGUCAUCUGCCAGCGCCAUUGCUGAGGUCUUGGUUGGAUCACUCUUUGACUGGAACUUUCUCCCUGACCUUGCUGCCAUGGGUGACCCUAGCAGGAGCCAAGCUCCAGAUGGCUCUGCUGUCAGAAUCUGAUGAACUCACAAGCCCCUCCACCGUGACAAUCCUCGGAGAAGAUUGGCUUUGGAGCUGCUGCGGUUCUGAAAAUCCCACACCCACAGGAGACAAUGAGGCUCGAGAGGACAUCAAGGGGAAUUGGAAUAUUUUUAUGUUACAUAAAGUGGAGAGAAAGAAAUCUAUAUAAACACUUUUCUUACAACAGACAUAACGUCGAUUAGUCAGACCAUCAUUAGGUUAGUGAUAAAAGUAGCAGACAAUAUCAAUCAUUGUCCCAAACCAGUGAUGUACACCUAGUUCUCUCGAUAAAGGGUUAAAGAAAUAAAAUGGGAAUGUGUUCUUUCCCUCUUUCCUGCCCCCCCCACACGCACACCACCCACCCUCCCCCCCCCACUCCUCCACAUACCUCCCCUGCACACUCCUCUCUCUCCCCCCCCCCCCCCGGGCAUGCAAUCUCUGUCUCAACCCCCACUCUUACCAUCACUCUCCCUACCUCUCUCUACUCCCCACACUCUUCCUCUCACCAAAAUUUACAAGAAUGGGCGUAAGGGGUGAUUUGAGAAAUUGCAUAUUGAAAGGCCUAGAUGGAUUGAAUAUGGAGAGGAUAUUUCCCUUCAUGGGGGAGUCUAGGACCAGAGGAGAGGGAUGUCCCUUUGGAAUUGGGAUGAGGAGUUUCUGUGGCCAGAGGGUGGUGAAUCUGGAACUCAAUGCCACAGACAGCAGUGAAGGCCAAGUCAUUCAGUAUAUUUAAAGCAGAGACAGAUGUUCUUGAUUACUGGGAGAAGGGUUGAGAGGGAAAAUAAAUCAGCCAUGACUUGGUGGGCUGACUGACCUAAUUCUGCUCUUAAGUCUCAUAGUCUGACUCACCUCGAGCCCAGACUGGGUAAGGAUGGAGGUAUCUCCUGACGCCACCAGUAGACCAGAGGAGAGAGUGUAAAGCAGGUGACCAUCGAUGAUAUGGAACACAACAGUUCAGGCUCUUUGGCCCACCAUGUUGUGCCUGAACCAUCUCAGAUCAAUGCCAUAUGUGGCCAAUUGAUCACACAGUUCAUCAACUGGGCCUCCUAUGCACAAACGGCCUCUCACUUUUUGCAUUGAAUUUCAAGUGUGCAUGUUUUUCAUCUCAGUGGGGCCAGUUCAUCACUCCCUCACAAAGUUCUGCAGCAUGUACCAUGGCCACCGUGACUCAAUAAAAACCUUUAAUCAUACAACUCUCUUGUCAUUUUGCUCCAUGCAUACGUAACAGUGCCGACCUUUUAACCUACUUUGAAAUCAAUCUAACCGUUCCCUCUCAUUUACCCCUCCAAUUUUCUAUCAUCCAUCUGCAUUUCUAAGAAUUUCUUCAAUGUCAAAUUCCACCAGUCCCGGAAUUGUGUUCCACACACCCACAUUUGUUCUCACAUCUCAUUUCGGCCCACAGUGUUGUGCUGUCCCUUUAACCAGUCCAAGCUCAGUCUAACCCCUCCGACAUAACCUAUUGUAAUCGAAGAUUGAUUUGUUGUCAGAUGCACCCAGGUGCGAUGAAAUUCCUUGCUCGUGGAAAGUUGAACUUCCUCAGCUGUCAUGCUGGAUUUGAACUACAGACCCAUUCAGCCCAUUGAGACCACACUGAGCUUCAACCACUGAUUUCCCCCUUUAUUCUCCCCACACUCUCAUCAUCUCCCCAACUCAUCCACGCAUCGUGGGCUGUGGGAAGGAACCGGAGCAGCCAGGGGCAAUCCACGCUAUCACAGGGAGAGCCUGCGGACUCCACAUAGACAGCAUCAUUGAUGGAGAUUGAAUGGGAGUUACAGGGCUGGUAAGGAAGUGCUCCUAUCAGGGGUGGUACUGCCCCUCACCCUGCCACCUUCUCCAUAGCUCCAGCUCUGCAGGCGACAGGACCCAUGUGUGCAGUCCCACUUCCUGCCCCAGUUCCCCUGGGACACAGGGGUCUCCACUGUAGGCAUGGAGGCUGACCUAGUGGGUGACAGGUGCUGCCUUAACAGGAUAGAGUUCCCAUUGUCCUUAACCUACCACAUCCAGCACAUUCUCCAUAACGUCUGCCCUCUCCAAUGGGAUCCUACCACCAAACACCUUUACCUCAUAUUCCUCUCCAUCGCUCUAUCCACGUCUCUCUUGUCCACUAAUCCCUCCACACUGAUCUCCCUCCUGUCACUUACCCCUGCAAAUGGGAUAAGGACUACACCUGUCCCUGCAUCACCACCACAGAAUGCUUCCAGUAAUUUCUUCCCCCCCCCCACCACCUUCUCUCUUUUCAAUUCCCCAUUCUGAUUCCCAUCUCACCCCUCCCCAACUACCCAACAUUUUCCUCUGGUUCUCCUCAAUUUCCCAUUCUUCCUCCUUUAACACCUGUUGGGGGUCAUGUACUCUAUCUGCACUCCUAGUUCAGCCUGCUCUAGACCAGAGAGACCUGACGCAGAUUGGGGAACUGCUUUCACUCAAUCAGCAUCAGGGAGGAUUUCCCGGUGGUCAACCAUUUUAAUUCCAAUUCCCAUUCUGACAUGUCAGUCCAUGGCCUCCUCUGCUGCCACAAUGAGCUCACUCUCGGGCUGGGGGAACGAUAUCUCACAAUUCCUUCUGGCUAGCCUUCAAUCUGAUGGCAUGAACAUUGAUGCCUCUAACUUCUGGUAAUUUCUCCCAACUCUCCCUUCACUCUUUUCCCAUUUCCCAUUCUGGUUCCCUUUCUUCCAUGGUCCACUGUCCUCUCCCAUCAGAUUCCUCCUUCUCCAGCCCUUUAUCUGUCUCACCAUAACCCUCCCAUCUUCUCACCUGGUCUCAUCUAUCACCUGCCAGCUUGUACUCUUCUCACCUUUUACUUCAUCCCACUCCACCCCACCCAGUCAGUCACCCGGUCUCACCCCUCACCUGCCAG